UUCAGAAUAGACUACUACGUGUGUAGUAGUAUAUUCUCAUGGAUCAUAUCUUUGAUCAUAUUCGCAAUAUACUUUUAUCACGAAUGCCCCACUAAGUACUGUAUGUGAAGGCAUCCCAUGUAUAAAUGGCAGUUGUCAUCAACUUUAUUUUUCCCAUGUCUGUUUAGCCUGCCCAUUUUGACAUUUGAAUCGACAAGUGCCCACAGUCCGCACUAUACACUACUGAGAUAAAUUAAAAUUUGUGAAUCAAAUGGAAUCUGUGCAUAGUGCAAUUCAUUUCAGACAAGCUGAACAUGCUGAACUGGGACUGAGUGAGAUGAGACUCGGUGCACUAGAGAGCUCCCGAGUCCUGACAAUGACCUAAGGCUUCGCCGUGCACCAACUACACAUCCAGUCAACUCAACUCUGUUUUGAUUCCUUGUUUAUCUCAUUUUUAUGUGGCACGUUUGGUCCUUGUCAAAUGUAAGAUGGAAAGCACUCAGCAAGAUAAAUCUGACCCAGCCUCACAAACCAGCUCAGCUUCAGUAGUACCAGGACACCAUCGGUCACAGAGGUCAAAAAGCAAUGAAGAUUCAGCCUCUGCUAGACCACCACUUGAAAGAGGAACCCAGCUAAUGAACUUUGACUCCCAGAAUCCAAUGCUAGCAGAGAAAAAGAAACAAGAUGAGUCUGAAAUUCCACAAGAUCUGUCAAAACAUGGGAGCAAUCUGUCUCGAGAGACCUCGUCCGAGACCACAGAAACUGUGGACAUGCAGUUUGUUGUUGUGGAUGAUGACGACGAUGACAUAGAGGAUGAUGAUGUGGGAGAUGAGUUCAUGCAAACUGAGUCCUUGGAUAGCCCCGGUGAAGCAUCAUUGAAUGCUGCAGGAUCGGAAAACAGUAGUCCUGGAUUCUUUCUCAAGUGCAGUAUGUGUGAUCGCGUGUUUUCUAGCCAACAGAGGCUUAUGCUUCAUAUCAACAAACACAUGGGAGCCAAGCCAUAUGCAUGUCCACAGUGCCCAGCCAACUUCAACUCAAGGGCAUCAUUUCAAAGGCAUCGGCGCUCCCACAAAAACUCAAUGGCUGAUAUUCAGACACAUACAUGCACCCUGUGUCACGCUCAGUUUUCAGAUAUUCAGCAUUUGACAGAGCACCUGAAGAUUCACACAGAGAAGCGUAGAAGCUGUCCACAUUGUGGAAUCUUCAUCGGUGGCUCCCGUAGCAUGCAAAAACACAUUAGCAUAGAGCAUCCUUCAAUGGUUAAGACCUACAAAAAGCACAGACCUCCCAAUAUACCUGUCAGGAUCGACCUUCCAUCAGCGAGUCCAAACCAAUUGCCCUCAACAUCAAAUGAAGGAGAAAAACCUGUUAGUUGUAGACGUUGUGGCAGGCAGUUCCAAACAAAUAGAGCACUACAAGGCCAUAUGAAAGGGCAUAGUCGACUGUAUCAAUGGAACCCUCGGAGGUGCAAGUGUGGGAUUCUGUUGGCUGAUGAGGCAGAGUAUCAAAGACAUCUAAAGAACUCUUGUUGCUCAGCUAGUUCUAGUUUGGAUAUGUUGUCACCACCUGUAGACUCACCUGGAAGUCUUUCUCCAGUGUCUCCUAACAGUGCAGCACAUUUGAUGGCCCUCUCAGCUCAAAGACAAGCUAACAUCCGGAGCAGGAGCCUGGAUUCAUUUCUGAGAAAUCCCCCAGCACCUUUUGCUUUCAUUAAUAGAUAUCCUGCAAGUGCAGAGGGUUCUUUGGUAGAUUUUCCACAGUCCCUGGCAGCACAGUCUGCAGAAUCGACACAUUCCAUGGGGAAUCUUCACUUUGAAAAAAGCCCAAUGAGUAAAGAGACACCAAGCAGCCAGAGUACUUCUGAACAAAGAAGCCAGAGUCCUGUCAACAGAAUCACCAUUAAGACAGAAGCUGAGGACGAUGAAGAAUGGAGUGAGGUUGUCAACAUUGUACAAGUCCACAGUAACACAACAACAUCUGAGGAACCAUCUGCGGAUGGUGAUUGUGUUCAGGACCAGCCACCUGACUUUUCUUUAAAUAGAGAGGAACAAAAGGCCCACAAAGGAAGACCUGAACAACCAGCUGCAAAUACGAUUACACACACCAGACAUAACGAGAGAGAUGAUCAACUGAGGAAAGUUCAACCUUUGGUCCAAAGUGGAGCAGAGGCAUCAUCAUCCAGUGGAACAAUACAAUUGGAAAGACCAGUUGAGCCGCCCAUUGUUCCUGGAAGAUUCUCUUUACCUCUAGUUGAUGAUCCUAGAAGGGGUAAGGACUGUGGUCCUUCUCUCGGAAGAGUAAGCAGUGAAUCUCCCAACAUGCAGAUUUCGUCUUCCCAGAGCAGUCAGCCACCACCUAAUCCUCUUGUCAAUACUUCCCUGAUGGGGGAAAGAGACCAAGAGGGAUUGCCGUGGCGUUGUUCAUUCUGUGGUAUCACAUUUGAAGACAGUUUGAUGUAUGUUAUACAUAAAGGAUGUCAUGAGCCAGGGUCCAGGUUCCGUUGUAGUAUGUGCGGAGAACAGUGUGCUGAUAAAGUUACUUUUAUGCUACAUUUUGUGAGAGGGCAGCACACAAAACCAACCCAUGUAUAGCCUGGUGAACUUUUCCAAUUAAACAAAAUAUGCUACAUGUACAUUGUUUGAUGAAAUUUAAAAAUGGCUAGUACUUAAUAAUGAAUUUUAUUGCUUGCCAUCUUUCAUGUAACACCUUUGCAUUGUUAGAAGUUACAGGCUGA